GGGCAGCCCAGUGAACCAGCCAGGGAGGGAGUGGAUGUGGAGCCAGGGCCAAGAGAGGGGCAGCCAUGGGCGAGGCGGCGGCGGCGGCGGGAGUGCUUUACGGGGCUCUGAUGGCGCUGGUGCUGCUGGGCGCCCGGGAGGUGCUGGUCCAGUACGAGGAGAACCGAUGCAGCAUGACCUACAUGUUCGAGCACCCAGAGUAUCUGAAAAUAAGGCUACCUAAGAAAGUAUCAAAACGUUACCCAGCCUACGAGCUUUAUCUCUAUGGUGAAGGAAUUUAUGCAGAAGAAAAUAGAAAACUGAUGUUAACUGGGAUUCCUGUCCUUUUUCUUCCUGGCAAUGCUGGGAGUUACAAACAAGCACGCUCCCUUGGGUCAAUAGCUCUCAGAAAGGCAGAAGAUAUUGACUACAAGUAUCAUUUUGAUGUCUUUAGUGUCAACUUCAAUGAGGAACUUGUUGCACUCUAUGGUGGAAGUCUACAAAGGCAGACCAGAUUUGUGCAUGAGUGUAUCAAAGUAAUUCUAAAGUUAUAUAAGGACCGUGAGUUUGCUCCACGCAGUGUUGCAAUACUGGGGCAUUCCAUGGGUGGACUUGUUGCAAGAGCACUAUUUACUCUUAAAAAUUUUAAGGCAGAACUCCUCAACAUCCUUGUUACUCAAGCCACACCCCAUGUUGCACCUGUAAUGCCACUGGAUCAGUAUCUUACUGAUUUUUACACAUCUGUAAACCAUAAAUGGAUUCAGAAGGCUAAAGAAAGAAGAAAUCUUACAACUCUUUCUGUAGCAGGAGGAUUUCGGGAUUAUCAAGUUCGUUCAGGCUUGGCUUUUCUGCCCAGAUCAAGACAUCAAUACAAUGCCUUAUCUGUUGUGAGUUCAUCAGUUCCUCGAGUAUGGGUAUCAACAGACCAUCUUUCAAUAGUCUGGUGUAAAGAAUUGAUCUUGGCUACUGUCAGAACCUUUUUUGACCUUAUUGAUGAAAAUACUAAACAGAUAACAGAAGAUCCACAAAAAAGAAUGCUGGUCUUGAAGCACCACUUUCUGAAGCAUCCAGCAAAAUUCUUCGAAGAAAGGCCUGAAUUAAUUACUGAACUAACAGGGUCGUUAAGAUGGAUCCAGAUAAAAUCUUCAAAAUGGUCUUAUACAGGACAUAAUGAAUCAGAUGGAAAAUACUUCACUUUUGCCCUCUCACACCACAGAAAAUCAUACAGUCAUGUCUACUGUCAAAACAGUAUGUUGGAUACAAAUAGUUGGAUAUAUGGCUGUAUAAAUAGUACCUCAUCUACAUGUCUGCAAGCUCUUGAUUUGACUUGGAAUGUUGAAUUGCUACCAACAAUUAAGACUGUUACUCUGAAACUUCAAGAUUAUCCUUCUUUAAGCCAUCUUGUACUUUAUGUACCAGCUGUCAAUGGGAAUAAGUUUACUUUGGACUGUGAAUUCUUUAAUGAAGCUUCAAGAACAUUUCAACUGCCUGUGACCCAGCUUUUUACUCUGGGGCUUUCUUCAAGCAAAAUCCUAUUAAAUUCAACUGGCUUUUUUCACAAUAUUCAACUCCAGCAUUUUGGUCAGACACACCAAGCUUUUAAGAUCCUUAUAGAGAGCCGCUGCCAGUCCGUCAAAGAAAGAAAACCCAGUGUGUACCGGAUUCAUAUACCGUGGUCACAUGAAGAUUCUUUUACUAUGUCUCAGGUUCCAUCUUCAACUGAAAUUUCUGCAAAAUUACACAUUGCACAGCCUGAAAAUGACACCACUGUUCCAGUAUUGAAAAUCUAUUCUUCUUCAGAUUGUCAAUAUGAAGUAACUAUCAAGACCUCUUUUCUGCAAGUUCUUGGACAGGUGAUAAGGUUCCAUGGUGGUGCCCUUCCUGUGUAUAUUAUUUCUAAUAUCCUUCUUGCAUAUGGAAGACAAUUAAGAUCCCUAAUUACAACAGGCAAGUGCUUAGAUUUUAUUCCUGCACUAACUAAAGCAGCCAAACCUUAUAAAGUGGAACCCAUUGCAAAUAUCAUCAAAUUCUUAUUGGGGCUUAACUGGUUUAAAGGCAUUUGGAACAUACUGUUCUUGCCAGAGCCGGAUGUUGUCACACUGAGCCACCAAAAUGUGUGGUUUCCUCUUGUUUCCCUGAGUCUCUUUAUGUUUGGGACUGCCAUAGCCUAUUGGAGUGGCAUACUCUUCAGUUCAUCAUUAAGGCUCUUAUCUUCAUUGCAUCUAACUUUGACCAGACCCUCUGGACUACCGUCAGAUAACAAUUUGAUUACUCGAAGAAGAUUGUGUGUUGCUGCUUCCAUGAUUAUUCUUAGUUGGACAACAUGUGGGUCAUUGGCUAUAAUAAUGACUUAUUUUCAUUACAUCUUCAAGAUUAUUAAACUACAUUCAAUAGCAAGAACAGAACUAAGUGUCCUUAAUAUGUCUUCAACCAGUGUGGAACAAAAUUCCAGUUAUUCCAAAAAAGACAUUGGAAAGAGCUGUGGAUCCACGGACGAGCUUUCAGAAUCAUCUGCCAGCACCACAGCUGUCAACAGCCUUAUUGAUAGUCUAAAGAUGCAUGUCACCAUCCUCAAUUUGGUCACAUGGAUUGUGCUGCUUUGUUGUCCAUCUUUAAUUUAUUGGCUAAAAAAUCUCAGGUACCACAUCAGACUGGAUCCUGAUCCAUGUAGAUUUCUUGCUUUUAUCCUCAUCCCAGUUUUGGGGAUACUUAUGCAUACCAAUACUUCAAAACUUAAAUCAAGUCAGCUGUUGAAAAUGGCAGUUUAUCUUCCACUUCCUUUCUCAGUUGCUGUGGUGGCUUUUACACCGAUGCAUUUAUUCCGAGCACCAUACUUUGUAAUUGUUCCUCUUUUUCUUCAUGCGUUAUGUCACACUUUGUGAAACUGUACCAAAGCACUGGGCCCAGGCAUGGGAGUUUGAACAAAGGACAAUCAAGAAUGCUGGUUACUUAGAACGGCAGAAAUGCGGACAAUAUUCAGUACACAGGAUGGGGCACGUGUGUUGGCGAUAAUCCUGUUUGGACAACAUGAGCUUUUCUACUCUACUGUUUUUUAAGUAUUUCUUUAAAAAAAUAUUGUAGAAAUGUAGAAUUCAGUUGCACAGUACUCUUAAUCUGCAUCUGACACUGGUGACAAGCACUGCAGCAUGGUUUCCUUGGUAGGAGAGUAAUUGGUUUUUAUUUUUAUUUUUUAGCUCUUGUGAUUUUUAUGAUUUUUAUAUUGUCCCAUAUGCUCUUACGUUUCAAAGCACAGUGACUGGAAGAAAAUGGUCAUAAAAUUAUUUGGCCAGUAUGACAAUCUAAAAGUUCUUACUCAGUUUAUAAGCAGCUGUCAAUAUUUUAUUCUCCCUAGGGCUUGUAGUAAACUAUAAUACCGUUGCUGCUAGACUGUUGUUGGUGACAAAUCCAAAGCCAUUUCAGAACCUCCAGAUCUACAAAACAAUUACAAGCUUAGUGUAUCAACAUUUAUUCAAUGUAACAUAGUUUAGUAAGUAUAUUUAAAAAAAAUGUUUGUACAGUACUGUUAAAUUACAAAGUCUGAAGCUCAGGGCAGAUUCUUGGGUUACUGUUUUUAUACAGAGAAAUGCUUCUAUACAUUAUACAUAACAUCUAUACAAAUGUUUCUAUACAUUUGUCCUAGUAUAUUGAGAAGUAUGUUUAAAGUAACAUGAAAUAGCCACCAAAAUUGGCAAAAAUAUGUGUUGAAGGGGGCAUCCCCACAUAGGCUUCAGAAUAUUUCAGCUAUUAAUGACUAACUUGUACAUUUGCACAGCUACUUUAAUAAUAAAAGGAUUUGAUAAAGGAACUUAAUUUUGAGGGCAGCCUCUGACACUGGUUUCUUCAGGAGCAGUGAAAUCAGUAAUUUUUAUUCCUAGAGGAUGUGCAAGUGAAUCAUAUACUUCACCCAUUGUUUUUACCAAAUUUACCUCCAGUUUUUCUUCAGAAAUAUCGAACCUUUUCUUAAAGAGCAUUUGGAGAUUGAAAUCCAGAUACCUUCUCCCAGUGGGCCUACAUUGGUGUUAAAAUAAAGGAACUCCUGGGGGGAGGAGAAUAUAAGCAUCAGGAGAAACCUUAAACCAGAAUUUAUAUAUAUUUAUUUAUUUCCAAAAUUUAUAUCCCUCCUUUCUCCCACAGCGGGACUCAAGGCGGGUCACAACAUAUCAAAAAUACAAGGUUAAAACAUUGUAUAAAAAAGUUGAAAAUAAACACUACUAACAACUAAAACAUAGAAAAAACAGCCUAAUUCAAAAUAAUAAUAAUAAAACAUUAAACAUUAAAACAGCAAUUAUGCAUUUGCACCCCUAUGUCUUAAGUUAGUUAUGGAAACGUGUGAAUUAGAUGUUGUUGAACUACAGAUUGUAGGAUUCCUCAUCAUUGACUAACUAGCAGGGGCUAUGGGACUUAUGAUUUAACAACAUCUGAAGUGCCACAAGUUUCCCACUCUUAAACAUUAGGAGGAACUUCCUGACAGUAAGAGCUGUUGUUAGACAGUGGAACAUACACCCUUGGAGAGUGGUGGAGUCUCCUCCUUUGGAGGUCUUUAAGCAGAGGCUGAAUGGCCAUUUGUUGGGGAUGCUUUGAUUCAGAGUUCCUGCAUAGCAGGGGGUUGAAUUGGAUGGCCCUUGUGGUCUCUUUCAAUUCUGUGAUUCUUAUCCUAAAUGGUUCUGCAGCAUAUAGAAUGAUAAAAGAAUUUAUACAACAAAAAAUCUUUCUCUGUGUGGAAAUGAAUUUCAGAAGAAUCUACCCUGAAACAUAAGUGGCAAACAAUGAUCCUAUAUAACCAUUUACAAAUCAAUAGCACAUUUUUCGGUACUUUAAUGCAAGGCACCCAGAGGCCAAUGUUGCAUCCCAUCAGCUUAAAAAUCAGCGACUGUUUUGUAAAUGUAGCAUAGCUUGCUGAUCUAUCUAUAUAUCACUGUGUCUAUGUCUUACUUCAUCAUCCAUUGCCUUGAUAUCUAGGCACUGAUGUUAAAUAAUGGCUCACCUCCUUUUCCUGUUACAAUCUGGGGAGAACUAUUGCUCCAAAUCAAUUUACAGUACGCAUUUUUGUCCUGCAUUUCUUCAGUUUGUAUCAUACCUGCCUGAAGUGCCUCAGUUAGGUCCAAAACAUACUGCAGAAAUAAUCCAGUUUGAGACAGCUUUAACUGCCCUGGCUCAGUGCUAAAGAUUCUGGAAAUUGUGUUAGAGAGCUCUGGUGCCAUAACAAACUACAAUUCCCAGGAUUCCCUAGCACUGAGCCAGGGCAGUUAAAGUGGUCUCAAACUGGAUUAUUUCUGUGGUGUGUUUUGGACCUUAGUUAAUUCAAGCUUGUACAUAUUAAUUAUCCAAUUUUUUUCCAAUUGACUUAAAAAUCCUUUUAGGUAUAGAGCUCUGUUGCAAGCUUGCUAACAAAUUUAGUAUGUAAAGUUGUGUGUGAAACAUUAAGACCACUAUACGUGUUUUAAAUGCCAUGUUCAACACUUAGUCUAGUUGUAUGGUUUCAAUAUCUUUAUAUAAUUUUUAUCCUGUUAAAUUUUUAAGGCCUUGCUGCUAUUAGGAAAGUGGUUUGAGCAAACUGUAAGCGUAAUUCUCAGAGUCCAAUUAUGCCCAUACGCCCCAGUUAUGUGGCACUUCAUGUGUGUGGAGGGGGCAACAAUUGGGCAGUCAGCAUUCUUUGUGUGUGUUAAUGUACUGCUAAGCUGGACAAUUUACCACCUCUGCAAGGGAUUCCUUCUGCUUGCUGGACUGGACUUCUUGCCUGUAGAUGGCAAUCUAAGGAAAAGCCACAAGCCAUGCAAUGGUCUCAUUUAAUGUAGCCUGACCUUGAACGGUCCUCUGUGCCUCAUAAUAGCAGUAAUGCUAAUAUAGUAGUAUAUCAGUAACAGGUAUUACUAUUACUGUAGAGUAAUCACCAUAUCUGUAUAGGAGUAAUAAUGGUACACAGGGGAGGAUUCUCUUUUUUGUCAUAGUGCUACAGCAAUAAAAAUGGAAGUUGCCAAAUAUUUCAUUGUCAGGCAGUUUUCAGAGUCAUGCAUUGCCACUCUAGAUAGGAAGCUUGCCAUUUUUGUUCACAUUGCAGAGGAAAGCUUCUCCUAAAAGUUGUUUCAAUUGGUUCUGAAUUUCUUGGCUUGGCCCCACAACUCUUUUGCCCAUGUUCUGCAGUUAGGGAAGGUGUGAUGAUUCUUCUGCCUCGAUGUGAUCGAACAAAGUCAGAAUCUGUGUCCUUUCUAACUAGGUCAAAAUGCAUAGUGUGUAGUUUCUGGCCUGUCGAAAGCCAUCUGGCUGUAUUGUCAUCUGGUUAUGUAAUAUAUUUUCUUUAGCUUUUUUGUAUUUUAUUGUGAAUCAGUAUAUUUACAGUUUGACAUUUUAUAUGUAUUUUGAAGGUACUUUUAUACUUGGGGUCUCUGGAACAAUGCAGUCUGUCCUUGUCUACUCAGAAGUAAACCACAUUCCAUCCCUGUCUAGUCAAGUCGCAUUGCCUGACUUCUGUGUAGACUUGUACAUAUGUACAGUAUCUUAAGUAAAAUAGAAUAUAAAUUCUGUUUAAAUAAAUAUUUUCCUUAAAUAAAACAUUACAUUUUUGCUGGGUCCAGACCAGCAUUGUUGCACCCACCCCCAUACCACUACUUUUGAGAAAAUACUUCUCCCAAAACAUUCAAACUGGUUUUUAUACAUCUCUAGAUUCCAAAAUAUUUUUUAACUUGAGAGUUAAGAAUAACAACUGCCAGUAUACCAUUGACCUUGAUUUUCCCCUUAAACUGUUAAAAGUGUACUUUUUAGAUUUAAAAAGCAGUUGAAGUCUCUUGAAAAGCAAAGCAGGGGAGUACAUUAAGACUCCAUUCCAAAGAAUUGCACACGAUAUUACAUGUGCCAAAGGUAGGAAUUCUUUUUGUCAUGUUGUGCGGCAUGUUUUCCUCAGAGAGCAUUGUGCCCCACCUAGUAAGCUGCUUUUGAAGCUGAGCGGCCUUUUGAACAUAGUUCAUGAUGUGUAUUGGAGGUCUGCUGUUGAAAGAAGCAUGCCCAGGUCCUUGAACAUUCCCAACCAUCAGCUUGGGUCCUGUCUUAGGUAUGCAUAUGGAGACUAAUGUUGACCUUUGCAUAAACCAAAAUUUGAAAUAUUGCUCUGCCAGCAGACAGUGUGCCUCAAAAACCAGUUUGUUUGUAGCCUCUGUUGAGAGGCUAGCUGUAGCCUCAAAGUUUUAUUCACACAUUUGGAUGUAUUGCCUGUGAACAAAUGUCAAAGUGCAUGGAAAACUUUAUCUGGCAAUGAACUAAGGCCUCAUACAGACAGGCCAAAAUAAGGCUGCUUCGGGUCACUUUGCAGGUAUG